GUCUUAUCUAAUUUAAUCAAUAUUUAUAAUUGAAAAGCACCCUUUGGUAGGUAUAUAUACCUAUCAAAUACUGUUCGGAUGUCAGUCACUUUCCAGUUAAUUAAUCAUGAAGACGUUGAUCGCAUUGUUAGCCCUUGGGUUCGUAGCCGUUACGGCCGGUCCGUCGGCUCCGCAGAGAAUCGUCGGCGGUUCAGUCACCACCAUCGACAACUACCCCUCUCUUGUGGCGCUGUUGCGAACCCAGGACUGGAGUCAGUGGUCUCAAGCCUGUGGCGGCUCCAUCAUUAAUAGCAGACACAUUCUCUCGGCUGCCCAUUGCCUGCAUGGAUAUGCUGUUGGAGCUUGGCGCGUGCGUGUUGGUUCCACCUGGGCGAACAGCGGUGGCGUCGUCCACGCUGUGGAUCGUCAUAUCAUUCACUAUCAUUACAACAACAGAACCCUUGAUAAUGAUAUUGCUAUUUUGCGCCUCGCUUCCAACAUUGCAUUCAACCAGAAUGCUCGUGCUGGUCACUAUGCUGGCGCCAAUUACCAUGUCGCAGACAACCAGGCGGUAUGGGCUGCUGGAUGGGGUCAUACACAGUUCAGAGGAAACCCUUCGGAGCAACUGCGACACGUCGAAGUACGGACCAUCAACCUGGACGUCUGCAGAGAUAGAUACCGUCGUGCCUUCCCACCCCGCAUCGUGACUGACAACAUGUUAUGCUCCGGCAUUCUUGACGUCGGGGGUCGCGACGCUUGCCAAGGAGACUCCGGCGGUCCUGUCUACCACAACAACGUCAUCGCCGGCGUUACCUCCUGGGGCAUACGCUGUGCUGAUCGUCGCUUCCCUGGUGUCAACGUUCGUGUCCAGCGCUACACUGCUUGGAUCCGAAACAACUCUUUAUAUCGAUCCACUAUUACGAGAUUAAUAAAAUCAAAUAAAUGAAACCACUUACGUCCCUUUUUUAUCUUUGCCUCUAGUUAAUGUUUCACUGGCCUAAAAACCACGGGUGUCAUUCUUCUUUAUUUAUAUUAUAGCUUUCACCGUUAAUUUAUCGAUGAUUUCGCCAAUGUCAAGUAAUAAUAAUGGUAAAUACAAAAUAAAAAAUCA